AUGAUGGUGACACGCGCCAUCAUGGCUAGUGGUCGCCGGCUGUUGCCGGUGGUUGUUGCCGUCUUUCUGACGGUUCUUGUCAAGGCCGCACCCGUCAAAUCCACGGUUGAAUCCGCCGGGAAUGCUGAGAUCAACGGCCAGGAUUCUACGAGCCGUCAUCUGGUGGGCAGGGUGGGCGAGUUCGAAGGCGAGCUCAAUUAUUACCUGCCAGCGCAUUUGAGGCAUCACCCGGAGCGAGUCAACCUUGUGUUUCGCCCGCUGGGGUGCCCUCUAGACGCCUCCCGCUUGUCGAUUGUCUUCAUGGGCUUCUUCGAAAGCCUCCCACUCCGCAAGCCGUGGCUCUCCAACUUAACCGACACUCCAAUUGGACCUGGAAGCGACAUUUCAUGUGUCACUUCAGGUGCCAUCUUAGGUGGCGGUUCAAGUGACGGUUCGAGUAGCAGCUCCAAUGGCAUUUCAGAGAGCAGCUCAAGUGGCAAUGCAAGAAAUUAUAUCGGAAACGUUACAAGUGCUUCAACGGACAGUGCUCCAGCAGAGAGUGCUUCAGCAGAGAGUGCUCCAGCAGAGAGUGCUUUAGCAGAGAGUGCUUUGAAGGAGAGUGCUUCAAAGGAGAGUGCUUCAAAGGAGAGUGCUUUGAAGGAGAGUGCUUUAAAGGAGAGUGCUGGAGCAGAGAGUGUCCCAGGCGAGUCAGACUGGGUGAAGAAGCUCGGGUGCCACGGCCCUCCCUGCCCCUCCUUCGGCUCAUGCACCACCCGCUUCCCCAACGUGCAGGCCUGCUGGAACCCCCACCUCGUGGACGAACCCGAGACUGAAAUCAUCCCCCCUAUAAACUGCCCCCUAAAAAAUGAUAGCACUGCGUUGGACAAGUGGAGGAAGGGGACGGGGCGGGCGCCGUUUGACGAGACGUGCUCCCACAGGAAGGAUUUCAACGCGCGUGGGGCGAGUGCGCUGCAGGUGAUGCGGCUGGAGGACGUGUUUGUGACUCACAACGGGUCCAACCUCAACCGCACGCACUCGUUCGUGAGGAACGGGUGCUGGCGCUUCCCCGGAAUGUGCGACAUAGAGUGCGCUAGCAAAUGGCACAUGACCACCAAGUAUGAGGCGGGGCACAUGGUGCACGAGGUGCCAGCGGUGUUCAACUGGGCGCACCAACCCGGCAACAACUUCUAUCACUUCCUUAUCGAGCUCGUUCCUCUCUUCCUCGUCUCCGCGCCUCUCAUGGCGUCCACGCUGCGAAACGUGCCUGUGCUCUUGGGGCAUAAACAGGUGCGUUGGUACGAGCAGGUGGGUGCUUCCCUCGUUGGCAUCCCAACAGAUCAGAUUCGCCUGCUGCCCACAUUCGACCAAGAUCUCUUUCACGCCGAUGUGGUGUACCAGCCCAUAUACCAAGACUGCGACCGCCCCAGCCGGUCGCUCUGGCAGAUGAUGCGGCGCCGCCAUCUGCUGCACCCCUCCGGCAUCCCUCUCUUCAACCCCGACUGGACCUACCGCAGCCACCGCCCUCUCUCCCUUGCUGAAGCGCGCUCCUUUCCCUCCGACUGGGUGGUCGUGCUGGCGAAGCGCCCGGAGGGGCGGCGACGGUCGAUGGAGAAUUUCAAGGAGGUGGAGGCGGAGGUGGUGCGGCGGUUUGGGAGUGAGAGAGUGGUGGUUUUUGACGGCUCGCUGCCGCUUCUGCAAGCCCGAGCACUCCUGUCACGGGCACGUUUCUACAUAGCAGCCCACGGAGCGGCCCUCACCAACAUGAUCUUCAUGCCGGAGCAAAGCUCGGUGCUCGAGAUUCGCCCUGAGGAGUGCGGUAUUACUGUCUUCAACGCACUCGCCUCGGCCUGCUCCCUGCGCUACCACCUCCUGUUGACCAAGGGUGACUGGGACUCCCCUAUUGUGGCGAAUGUGACGAGCGUGGCUCAGGUGACUGAUUCUGUCCAUGCACGAAUGCGCAAGGAGGAUGGUGGAUAUGUGGGGUUGCGGUGA